UCUUCUCUCAACAACUUUCCAGGACUCCGUUUGAAGUCUGUUUUACAAGGUUACUCUUGCUGUUACACAACUUUUUUAAAUUGCAUCUUUCAAACCUAUUGAUCCCUGCUGGAUUUCUGUGUAUAAUUUACACCAACGGGUUUGAAUUUCGUGGCUUAAAUGAGCUCGUUUUGAUUCUGUGGAAACCUGAGCUGGAAUGUGUGCUGGAAGUGGCAGCCAGGGAAACUGUUUUGAAAAUUAAUUAGAAAAAAAGUUUUGUAUACCCAACCCGUGGAGUGCUUACAAAACGUACAUGUGGGUAAAAGCCUGAUGGAUUAUAAAUUCUGUAUAUUAUUGAUAUAUACAUUUUCUACGAGUCUUUUUUUAAUAGUUUUUUCUUUUUCGUAGUUUGUAGUUCGGGUAACUACAAUGUUUUCUACCUGCAUUAUCAUGGAGUAAUGUUGGAGAACUGGGAUCAAGAUUUCUUUCGCUUGUUUGGAAUCGUUCUGUCUCAAUAUAAAAUACAACUUGUAAAGCAAAAUGAUCACGCUGUUUUAUUCCCGUGGUUUGUGCCAGUAACCCUCGACUUCAGAGUUUGAUAUAUACAUUGUUGUAAUAUGCUGAAAUGUUCAUUUAAAAGUUCCCAACGUUGUUACAAUUCAGUAGAUCGCUUUGGAAAUUGUUGAACUGUUUUAUAUGCCUCAAAUUAUAUUGCUGAUAUUUUUUGGUAUUCUAAAUUUGCUGGGGAUUAACUGGAAGCUUCGUUUUCUAAUUCAUUGAAUGUUACAAGUGUCCAGCGGAGUUAAAAUAGACUUGACUAUUUUGUUACCAAGUUUUGAAAGCCGAGUGAAGCUUGGUUUCCUAACCGGAGGGAAUCGCCAAACUGGUCUUUUAGUUUAAACACACUAACCUCCCUGGAUUAAACACAGUAGGGACCGCAAAUGAGAUUAAAACUUCCCUUGGGAAAUCUGGAAUCUUAAAAUGUGGACAGUGAAAGAGAGCGAGCCCAUUCCUGCACCCAUUCAGACUGGAAAUGUUCACAAAGCGAAAAACAGGCAAGAUCUGUAGAAAUAUUUACAAUUAUGUUUCCUUAUGCCUGUGUCGUCGAAUUUACUGUGGGUUUCAGUAGCAGUUUGACGAAUUCAGCAGACAGUUUAAUAAUAAGUGUUGCAUUUUGCAGAACCUUUUUUUUUUUUUUCGAUGAGUCGUUUAUGUAAUGCAAUGCAACAUAACACGCCUAUUUCCAAAAUGUUUUUGAAGUAAGAAAAUUGCACGUUAUCAGCCUAAAACUCGCUAUGAAAAACGCUUUGGAAUUUUAGAGAAUAACAACCGAGGAGCCAUACUUUCAAGGAGUAAAUAACAAAAAUAAAUAAAUACUGCAAUUAAACUGAGAUUUCUCUCCGGACAACCCACGUGCAAAAAGUGUUUUGGAUACAAUUUAAAAAGGCUUGACUUUCCAACAGGUUGCAGUAAUAUUUUUUCCCCUCAAUCCCUUUUUUUUUUUUUUUUUUUUUUUUUGGUUUUUGGAUAUAUAUUUUUCUAGCUAACUUGAGUACGCUGUCAGCCUCCCAGUGCACAAUGUGCGGCCGGGGCCCGCCGCUGCAAUGACCGUUCCUCAGCGGCAACUCGCCGGGCUCUGGCCGUGGCUGCUAAUGGCGGCCCUUCAGGUAGUGCUCGGGCAGACAGGACUGGAGCUGGCGGCAGCAGCGGCGGCGGAACGGUCUGCGCCCAAGGCUGUCAUAAAGGUGACACUUCUGAAACCAGACUCGGCGGGGAAGUCUUACAUGGAAGUGGAGGGGGUGUUCGCGGGAAGCAACGGAAGGGGUUCAACCGAAGGGAAGCUGAUGCAGUCCCACCCGCUGUCCCUGUGUAACACAAGCGACGAUGAGCAGCAGGAGGCGCUGUUUAUCAGCAUUGUCAAGUUGGAGAGCCCUGACAGAGAGCUGCAUCCUUGCCUGUCGCUGCUCAAAAAGGCACGCCUGGCAUUGGAUCGGGGAGCUCAAGCUGUCAUCUUCGACGUUACUGAUGAUGCAACAGCUGCUGAAAAGCUGCGUCAGUCUGAUGAUCUGCUCAAGCCGGUGGUGCUGGUCCAGGCCAAGGAUGCCGAGACCCUCAUGGAGCUCGUCAAUAACAACCAGGAGGCCACAGUGCAGAUCGACGUCAGACUUGAGCAGGAAGGGCAGCACUAUGAUGUUGGGAUCCUCCUCACUGUGGUUACUGCCUUGCUGGUUAUCAUCCUGAUUUUUGCCUUUCGCUUCCGGUGCAGACAGAACAGGAACAGGGAUUCCAUGCAGGAGCAGACUCUCCGUGCCAUCAGCCGUCUGCAGACCCGGAUGUACAAAUCCCAGUGCCGCUCGGGGAGCCAGAGGUCAAGGGGCAAGUGGGACUCCGCCAGCAGCAGCAACUCCAGCCCUGUGUGCGUCAUCUGCCUGGAGGAGUUUGCCGAUGGACAGAACCUGCGUGUUAUUUCGUGCUUUCAUGAGUUUCACAAGAAGUGCGUGGACCCCUGGCUGCUCCAGCAUCGCACCUGCCCACUCUGCCUGCACAACAUAAUGGAGGCAGAAUCUAGGCCCAGACAAGUUACCCCUGGGAGACACCUGUACCAGCACCCCUCUGCCACCCCUCUGCGGCCCUACCCCCACUCAGCCCCAAGGCAGCCCACCCUCAUGGGCCGCUACUUUCCACCUCCUCCUUUGGACCCUGCCACUGUCAGGUAUCUGCCCAACAGACAGCUGGUACCAGUCCUUCAGAGGUGCAGCUACAGCCAUGGUGAGGUCAGGCAGUACACUAACAUGUGCUGCAGGCCCUCUUUUCCACCUGAGCAGCAUUACCAGGGCAGGCCCUGCGCCCCUCGGCACCUAUCAGCCUGGUCAGCCCCACGCAGCGCCCCCAGCUCCCGGCACCACAGCCGAGGGGGUGGGCACAGCCGACGGGGUGGGCACAGCCGGCAGGACGAUGGGAGCUGCUCGGGGGGCAGCUUUCGGACAGAGAAGAGCGGCUACCUGGCUGAUGGGCCUGGCAGUGACUCCAGCUCAGGGCCUUGUCACGGCUCCUCCAGUGACUCCGUUCUCAACUGCACCGACGUCAGCCUCCAAGCCGUCUACGGGAGCUGGUCCACCUUCCGCAGCUCCCUCAGCAGUGACUACGAUCCCUUUAUUUACUGCGGUGAGAGUGGAGGAGGAAUGGAGAGCGGAGGCAGACCCAGGUCUUUGGACUCCAUGGUCAAUCGGACUGGUUCCUGCCCAGAGGAGCAGGUUUUCAGCCAUGUCCACUUCCACCGACACAGACACCACCACUAUGGAGAGGGCCGGAGCAGCGACCACAGCCAGGGGCCUGCCAAGAGCUCCAACAGGGAGCCGUGUGCCUCCGAGUCCCCAGUCACGGACGGUUUACAAUCCAGGGUGGGCGAAGUGCACCACUGCCAGCCAAAAAGCUGCUCUGAAGGGCAUCACGACGCACCCGGCCUGUGUCCUUGUCCCAAAGCAGGGCACGACCCUUCGGAGAGCCCUGCACCAAAAGCAGUAGAAGAGGGGCGAGAUGCAGCGGAGAACGGACAGGCUGCUGCCAUGCUUCCUCUGCCCUGCUGCCACCACAGGAGCUGCGACUUCAACAGCCGCCACCACCACCGGAGGAAAAAGAGCAUCUGUCACCAUGACCCGCCGCCACCCACGGUGCAGUUCCACCAGAGCGUGGACAUGCAGGAGGACUGCAGCAUCCACCUUCACUAUGGCCAUGGCUCAGGAUACUCCCCAGAUACCCAGCCGAGGGUGCCGGUCCCUCUCAUCCUGGACUCUACAGAGGCAGGGGACUGGCCCUGCUGCUCAGGGCACCAUGUCGUGUGGCAGCGUAGGCUCCAGCAGGCAGGGUCAGAUCCCCUGCUGGAGGGACCUAGACCCUCUGAGGAAAGGGAUCAGAGCAGUGGGGGGUCAGGGCCCAAGACAGCACAGGAAGACUGUUUAUACUGCCCAAACUCACACAGUAAUCAGGGAUCAGAAGAGGAGGCUGAGACGAUGUGCCAGCACACAGUGUAACCCUUUUACAGGGCAACAAAGUUGUUGAAUCAAGGUUGCGUCUUCCACAGCCAGACCGACACAUUUUCUAUGUGCAUCUCUCUGUGUGGUGUGGCGUCCUGUCUCUGUGGGCUGCCUGACUGUCAUGGUGAGGUCUGUAGCACAAGGGAGAUUGGAAGAGUAAUAUACAAAUCCCAGUAUGAUAAGUAGAGGUCCCUUUUAACCCAGUAAACCAUUCUGACUGAACAUUGGACCUGGGAGACACUGCAGCUGUUUCUAGUGCUGCCGUCUCACUGUAAACAUUGCAUUUGUGCAUGGAUGCCUUGGCACGCUAGCAGCUUCUUUUUAAGGACAAUCUUACCUGGUCCAGACGGAUCACAGCCCCCUGAGUGCACUGAUUGGAAGUGUUGGCCGAUCCGGUUCCUUGUUCCAGCCAUGUUAGCGCUGUUGAAUUUAACCAAUUAAAUCUCCCUCAAGACCCUACAUUUGUUAAUUAUUUAUUUUGACCUAUGAAACCCAGGACCUUGAUUGGGAACCCCCUUACCCUAGUAGGUGACCAAGGUCGCACCUUCCAGUCAAGUGACUGACCCAGCUUGUGGUCAUCUACAGGCUGCAGGAAAUCUCACAAAAUGACAACCAGGUCAGAUCUUUCAUACACAUGAAAGACUUGACUAGUGAGAUGGGCCACUGCAUGUGUUAGUUCCUCAUAACCAAAUGUGACCAUUAGCAGUGAAGAUUGUCCUAAAAACUGGCUAGUGUAUGAAGGCCAAACAGACAUUGAAAAAAUACACUUGUCAAAACGUGUGUCUACCAGACUGAAGGUUUUUUUUUUUCCAUUGUCCAUUCGGCCGCUGUGCCUGCCACUGUAGGUCAAUGUAAUCCCACAUCCAUCCUGAUUUAUAAAAUGAUCUUUCGUCUGCCCAGGAUAGUCAAACUCGGAGGCUUUUGGUCCCCGUGGUGUUUUAAAAACACGGUGAUGAAGAAAAAGCAUAAAAAUGAGGAAACAAUCAAAUGGAGUGGAUCUUUUUGGGGUUGGGGGUGGAUCAAUUUCAUUGGCAAUUUACUAUCAGUUUUGUCACUUUUUUUUUAAUAUAUAUGUAUAUAUGACAUUUUUAAUGCACAAAACAGCCUUAUUUUAAUCAUUCUUUGUUUUACUUGAAGACUGGAUCUAAGCAGGUGAUCUUCUCUGUGUCACCAGCUCUGUGUUAAUGCAGUGCUAAUGAGCGUGUUCAGAAUGGUGUCAGAGUGUGUGUGUGUGUGUGUGUGUGUGUGAGUGUUUGGUGGGGGGAGGGAGGGGGACUGGAGUAAUUCACUUAAGGCAGCUAUUUUAUUCAAUUGUUAGAAAAAGAAUUUGACUGAAAAUAUCUAACUGAAUUAAAGAUAUAUGUACCUUGCUACUUAGUUUUUCAUGUUGACAGGGAUCGUGUUUGCAAAAUGAUAUGGAUCUUUCCAAGGGAGUGGCGGAUGUGCUGGCCUCUGAUUCGCUCUUUUCAGCAACUUUGUAAACACAGAGUGGGUUGAUGAGGACACAGGUUAAUGCUCACUGCCCAGGCACUUACCAUUCAACAGCAGAGAGGGCAAACGUUAAUAAAAAACGCACUAUAGGAGCAAUAUAAAUCAGCUUUCAAACAUCCCAAAAAGAAAUACCAUUGGAAGACAUUUGCUUGUGUAUUUUUCAGAGAGUGCCCAGACAGAAUAUAAUGUAUGAGAGUACAUUUAGCAUAAAGGCUUCACCCUAUAUAUUGUACAUGUCUGGACUUUGCAUAGCAGGUACAACUGAUAUUUUGCUUAAUUAGACCUUUUUUCUUGUUUUCAGCUCUUGAACAGUUGCAUAUUUCAAGUUAACUGUAACA